AUGGCCACUACAGUACGACUGGCCCGUUCGACCUCCCGGGGAUCGGACUUUGAACUUGCAUACGCAUCCCCAAUCAUUCUCGAGGCCAAAGGCACAGAUCGGCGAAGCAUCGAACGACACAACAGCAAGAAGCACCGCCCAAGGUCCAUACAUGACGAAGAAGGAAAGAUUGGCAAUGACGGCCGCAAGCGGCGAUCCCAGGGAAGCAGUGAUGAUGAAGGAAAGCUGACUGAAGACGGCUUUUCCAACGAGGAUCUGCGAGUAGGAGGUCCUUAUCUCUGCUCCAUCCCACUUUCGACAACCCAUAUCCCCGAGACAAAUCCACUUUCGUCGCUAUUUGUGCGAAAGUCCUCCAACGGUCAGGAUCUUGGAACACGCAUCUCUAGCAUACUUAACAACACAAAUAUCCGGAUAUACUCUAGCUGGGUACGCGGCGAGUCGAUAGAGCUCUGCCUCCGACAGUCAGAAUUCAACCCAGAGCCGCAUCCCGUCCCAACUAUCGUCAUCACAGCAACUCGCCAAGUUAUUGACGACACCUGGCUCCAAGCAGUCCGACAGAUCUACACCUUACUAUGCGAAGAGAAUCUCGCACAUGUCUCGGUCGAGAUCGAUGAUCCCCAAGCAGUCGAUCCACCUCACACCUCCCCCAUUCAACCAGAUGACGAAAUUUAUCGCCACUGGGACCCUGUGCUCGCGAAAAUACUGGAAAGUAUUGAACUUCGGGAUAUUCUCACUAUCGGAUGUUACCGGCGCGGAAGAAGUUCAGAAACCUCAGAGAAUGCCCCAACAGUCCUUGUGAUGGUAGACGUUAACAGCCGUAAAAGCUGGAAGGCUACAAGAGACUCGAUCGCCAAAAUUCUGACUGACUUUUCUCUGCCUAUGGUUGCAGUUGAGAUUGUCAAGGACAGAAUCAAUUUGCUCCAUCGAGAAACAGGAUUUAAAGAGGAAAUUCUGGGUGCUCAUGCAAUUCCUGGAGGACCUAUCGCAGCGCUGAAGAAAAAAAACGCAUCUGAAACCAUUGGGGGGUUCAUUGAGCUUCAAGACCAAACGGAGGGUACCUGGCUCCGGUUUGCAUUAACGUGUUUCCAUGUUAUCGAUCUCGACGAUCGGGACAUAGUUGGAAGUCAAGAUCUUGCAGCCAUCAAGGACUGGCGGCGAAGCGGCAUCCCCAUCUACCGAUACAAAAAGUCACCAAGGGAAUUCGCAGUGCUUGCUCGAAACAUGAAAGUCAGUCAUCCAAGUCUGCUUGCCAAAAAUGAACAAGACAACCUUUCUCAUGGACUGAUUAGAAACAUCAAAGCAUCUUCGACUUAUCAACAAGCAUUGACGUUACGUGAUGAAGGAUUUUUUGAUGAGCUUAGCCACCAUAAAAAGGAGAGAUUCCAUUUAUUACAACAGAAAAUCAAUAAGUCUGAAGCCAAUCUUGACCGCGCCGCAAAGUUCUUUGAGCAAUCACAAAAUGUCCUCGGCACUGUUUCCGCUGGUUCAGGAUUCAGAACUAUUGAGCGCCACACCAGUGAAGAUAAAGGCUACCCCACUGAAGUCGACUGGGCGAUCAUCAGUAUCGAUAGACAUUGGUCAGUUUCAAAUAAACUUGACAAUGAGACUGGUCUUUGGGAAUUGGCCUCUGCGAAAGACCUUCGAGACCUCGAAACCGGUCCUGAUCAAAACCGCGAACUACAAUUUCAAGGGUAUCGUUCUGGGCGUCGUCAAGUCCUAUACAGUGGCCUCAAAGUGGCGAAAAUCAGACCAAAGUCUGAGGGAGAGACGGAAGAACCUAAGUCGCUACAGUACAGUGUAUGUGGAAAUGACAGCAGCCCUCCUGCGACCUUUGGCGAUUCGGGGUCUUUACUUUUCAGGUCUAUUGGGCAGGAUGUAGUUGGAAUGAUUUUUGCCGGCGCGGAAAUAAACAAGAUUGCCUAUUUCACGCGCAUUGACGACCUUCGCGAAGAUAUCAUGAAACAGACCCGUGCAAAAGAUUUUCGGAUGCACAAUGCAUGA